AAAAAAGAGAAUUUUGGAAAACCCAAAAAAAAAAAAAAACCGCCAUGGAUUCGACUCAAAAAAUCUCUCAUUUGGCUCUCGACAUCGGAGGGACUUUGAUAAAGCUUGUGUAUUUCUCGGCAAAUGGAGAUUAUAGCGAAGAGUCUCGUAAUGGUUGCUCUGUUGUUCAUGGGAAGCUUUGUUUCGCCAAGUUUGAGACCAGAAAGAUUGAUGAUUGUUUGGAGUUUAUUCGAUUCAAUAUUCUUCAUCAUUCCGGUGUUCAGCAUCCGAAUGGCGCAGCUCAUGAUAAACUUUAUGUCAAGGCCACAGGUGGUGGGGCAUUUAAGUUUGCUGAUCUCUUUAAGGAGAAACUUGGAAUUCUUUUUGAUAAGGAAGAUGAGAUGCAUUCUCUAGUUGGGGGUGUUAAUUUUCUAUUAAAGACUGUCCCAAGGGAAGCUUUUACCUACUUGGAUGGCCAGAAGGAGUUUGUGGAGAUCGACCAUAAUGAUUUGUACCCAUAUCUACUUGUUAAUAUCGGCUCUGGCGUUAGCAUGAUCAAGGUCGAUGGAGAUGGAAAGUAUGAGAGGAUAAGUGGAACAAGCCUUGGUGGAGGCACAUUCUUAGGUCUUGGAAAGCUUUUAACAAAAUGCAAGAGUUUUGAUGAGCUGCUAGAGUUAAGUCACCAUGGAAAUAACAGAGUAAUUGACAUGCUUGUCGGGGAUAUCUAUGGUGGAACAGAUUAUUCAAAGAUUGGUCUCUCCUCAACAGCUAUCGCUUCCAGCUUUGGGAAAGCAAUUUCUGAUGGCAAAGAACUUGAAGAUUACCAGCCAGAAGAUGUCGCAAGGUCUCUUCUGCGAAUGAUAUCAAAUAACAUCGGUCAGAUUGCUUAUUUGAAUGCUCUCAGAUUCGGUCUUAAGCGUAUUUUCUUUGGUGGAUUUUUCAUCCGUGGGCUUGAGUACACCAUGGACACAAUCUCUGUUGCUGUUCACUUUUGGUCGAGAGGUGAGGCAAAGGCUAUGUUUUUACGACAUGAAGGGUUUCUUGGAGCAUUAGGCGCAUUCACGAGCUACAACAACCAGAGCCAUAACGAUAUAAAAUCGCAUCAGCACACUGUGCAAAGAGCAAUUCUCAACUGUUCAGGUGAUAACUUACGACACAUCCCGGUUUAUCACUCGAGCUUUGUGGAUGAAGAAGGGAUAACAAAGGCAUGUGGUUGUCCAUUGCUUCCUCUCAAGAGUCAUAUAAAAGGUCCUGCACCAAUUUCAGAACAAGAUAAAACUGAUAUCGUGGACGAGGCGAUCACCUUCUUUCGUGCUAAUGUCUUCUUCACAAACUUUGAUAUCAAAAGUCCUGCUGAUAAGCUUCUUAUUUACUUGACGUUUUACAUAAAUGUGGCCUUAAAGAGGCUCGAAGGCUGUAGAACGUUGGCUGUUGGAACGAAGGCCAUUAUCAACUUGGGUUUAGAAGAUAUUCCUGUUCCUGGAGAAACUGGCUUUCCUUUCCCAGGCCUCUUUUCGCUUCCUCAGUCCCAGGACGAAGCAGAUCUUUUCAGGAACUAUCUUAAGCAGGUUCGAGAGGAGACUAGUGGGAGGCUACUGAGUGUAGCGUAUAGAGCCAACGGGACACCAAACAAAUGGUGGCUUGCAUUUGCCAAGCGGAAAUUCAUAAACGUUGUCGUCCUAUGAUAAAACACAUUAUCACUGUUGGUUAUUCUUCCUUGCUUGCUACCCAUUACGAAUGAGAGUUCGGAAGCCACUGGAGAUCAUGAGAAUCACCGCCUUUAGCUUCCUUUACGUAGCUGUUAGCCACUGGAACCAGGAAGACCAUCUGAGAGCAGAAAGCUCUCUCUUUAUCUCUCAAUAUAUAUACAUAGAGUGUGCCAAUGUAUUGUUUCAUACAACUCUUGUUGGAAUAUAAAAUUUGUUGAUAC